AAAGUAAAGCGCAGAGGUGAUAAUGGAAUGCGGUUCCAUAAUCUGGUCAUUUAGUGAUUUCGUAUUUGCGGAUUUUACUGACGGUUACGAUGGCGAAAAUUGCGGCAAUCGUUAUUUUACUCGCGGGCUGCGUAUUUGGGCAAAAUCCGCCUUAUAAUACUGCGUAUAAGCAAGACUACAAACAGCCCGCGUACGCUAACUACGGAACCAACUACGGUCGCACCAACUACGGCAACUACAGCAGCAACAACUACCAGGGUACCGGCUACUCGUCGUCCAUCCUCCUCCAGACCGGCAACGUCAUCGCCGCUACGGGUGAGACCUCCGCCGUCAACGUCGCCGUACCCGAUGGAACCGAAUACUACGUCAACACCCAGUACGAACUGAUCCGCGUCGAUCCCGACGGUCUCUUCCAGCACGACCAGACCCGCGUGGCCACCAAUGUCAAGUACGCCUUCCACGGUUACGAUGACUGCCUGUGGUAUAUCGACUACACCAAGUUUGGAAAUAUCUACCGUAUGACCUAUAAGGAUGCUCCUGAACUGAUUCCCGGUCAGCCCAAUCCAGUUAACAUGGUAACGGUCACCCCCCAUAACUGCGACAAUGGCUUCGCCGUGUCGGACGACGGCAGUCUGUGGUUGUAUGCCGGUCACCAGUGGAUCCGCGACAAGGACGUUAACAACGCCAUCGAUGCCGGGUACGGUAACGACGGCACGCUGAUGUACUUGAGCCGCGACUACAAGUUGUACCGAUGGAACUUUGAGACCCGCUACUGGGAGGUGUUCCAGACGGGUGUCUGGGCGUUCGACAUCUACAACAUUGACACCAUGGUGAUCUGCGACCAACAGUACUACUGCAAAAAGAUCGUCUACGGAAAGUUCGUCGGUAUUCCCGAAUAUUGCAAGGGCCUGCAUCUUCUCAAGGAUUCGUUCUACUGCACCACACCCCAGAACCAAGUCAAACUGGUCGCAUACUAGACAGUUUUAUGUUUGUGUCCAGUUAGUGCAUUUGCCUUCAGUGUACAUGUGUAUACUUUCGUUAACAGCAACAUGGAUUACAGUAGGUUUUUUAUUCUGGUGAUUUUUGUGAUUUACAGCGGAUGGCCGAACGGCGAUCAAUAAAUCAAUCAAAUUUUGUAUGCCAGAAGGAACAUAAUGAUCCUGAAUAAUUACUUCCUGCAUAGUGAUGAU